UCUAAUUCCGGAGUCCGAUUAAAGGAGGCUCAGGAGAGGGAGAUAGGGUGGGUUAUGGAGGGGAAAAAGUAGCUAAACCUUCCUUAGCAUGACUGUGUUGUCACCUCGCACUAAUAGUUGCCAUGUUAGCUCUCCCUCCGCGGUGUUUUAGCAGCUGUUGUCAUAGCACCGGGGCCUUCCGAACAACUGUAAAUAGCUCAAUAAUGUAGCCUCUUCGCCUUACUUUUGUUAGCCAUGAACGGGCUAUAGCUAGCUGCGUGGGUCAGUGUGUCGCCGUGCUUCUCUUUUUCCCUCUUUGUUUGUCAUGUCAUCCUCUAAGAAAUUAACAGCACUCUUGUUUACUUUUAUUUCAGUUACAUUGCUUAUCAGCCGUAACAUUACUUUGACUUUUUAUGCUAAUUUCCUCGUGGAGCACGCGCUACAAAUAGUCACUUCAGUUGCCAAUUUUAGACUGCUUUAAAUUAAGUGAAGGGGGUAAUGGUGCAAUUUAUAACCAACUUAUUGUGUUAAAUACAUACUUUUGUGACUUUAUGUGUUGGAUAAAGCGCGGUCAAUGUCUUUUUAAAAGAAUUGAAUAAAGCAGAUGGUAAAGUAAGACCAACACGACACGACUUUGUAACGUCUUUCAAUUUAACUUAAGUCCUUAUACUUAGUGAAGUGCAAGACGAAUUAAUGCGGGGGGGUUAUCAAACAUAAAAAAGUACAACACUAAACGUUUACGAAGUAAUACUUUCAUCACCGCUGCAUUGGAAAACAAGAAAGGUUGACUUAACCUGCCCUUUAAGCAUUUUAAAGACGUGCUAUUCGUCGUUCAUAGUUAAAAAGUAGAACUUAAAUUGAUAAUAGUUUGUUAGACGUUUCUCUCAUAAACUGCAGAUUAGUUUGCAAAUGUUUUUUAUAAAUCUCUUGUAACACUGUGUCUUUCACAGCACAAUUUGUGUCAUGUGUGUGCUUUGUUUUGCGACUUUUAUUACUCUUUUACGAUAAGACGUUUAAAUAAACUCACAUAGCUUUGUUCCUGUACUCGCACCUGUAUUUAAUACCUGCAGUGUCACGCGGACACUUUCCCCUCAAACGAAAGUGAAAUUAUAAAGUUGUAAUAACUCUCUCCACGGCUUAUUUAGGCUUGUAUACCUUUUGUUAAGGAUUUGAACUCAUAGCUUCUUUCUUUAUGACUUGUCCCCAUUGUUUCCCCAUUUCAUUUUUUGUUCCUGUCAGUAAUUCUUAGGGGUCUGAAAAGGGGGGGUUAUGGCUGGAUGAAUGAAUGAAUGAGUGACUGAAUGAAUGCAAGAGGAGGCAGCAGCGCUGAACCGUAAAGAAGUGGAAAACAAUAUCAGCUGCGUGCGUCUGUCAGUUGCAAAUGUGCUGUGUUGGCCUUUGUUUAUGGUUACUGGAAGGAGACAGACAGAGAGAGAGAGACGGGGAAGUAUUCAAGCAUUUCAGAAUUCUUUAAAAAGUUUUCACUCAGAACCUCUGUAAAUUCUCUAACUUUCCCUCUUCCCUGAUAGUUUAGGGUAGCAGUAGGUGGCUGUGGUGAUUUUGUGAGCAAACUCUGUUUUUCCACAUGCCAAAUCAGCAUCCCACUGCAUUUAAUAGACCCAGAGUUUAUUUCCCAGAGAGAGAACGGCGGAGAAAAAGGAGACAAAGUUGCGUGGUGUUGGUGUUGGUAGAAUGAAAGAGGAGUCUGGUGGCAGGAGUGUAGAGGAGGCAGCAUAUGGCUGUAGAAAGAGCACAGCUGGAGGUAGCAUCUCCAUCUGAGGAUGAUGUCAGAGCAGCUGACAGGCUGCCAUCCACCCCACCUCCUCCUCCUCCUCCAUCCCUCCACCGCCUCCACCCCUCCCCAGUCCUUUAUUGUGAGUCUCAGCGGCAGCCUGGGAGAGUUAGUGCUGUUUGUGUGUGUAUCUGUGUGCACGCUGUCUAUGUGUGUGUGUGUUAGUGGCUGCCGAUCAGCGCCAGUUAGGAGGAGGAGGAGGGAGGUGGUAUCUCGUUCCCCCUCCAACAUCUCCUCCACUUUGCAUCUGUCCCUCGCAGUUUGAACAGCGUGUUUUCUUUUUGUUUUUUUUUUCCGCUUGCCUCCCUCUUCUUCUUCUCCUCUCCUCUUCUACCCACUCAUUGAUUCAGAGAGAGCAAGCGAGGAAGAGAAAGAGCAAGAAAGAAAGAGAGAGAGAAAUACACGCAGCCAGAGAGCCCAGCUAUUCUGCUACAGUGGAGUUAAUCAAGUUGAUGCAUACUGCUGCAGGUUAUGAGGACGGCAGGAUGGAGUUCCCAGACCACAGCAGACAUUUACUCCAGUGUCUGAGUGAGCAGAGGCACCAGGGCUUCCUGUGUGACUCCACGGUGCUGGUGGGAGAUGCACAGUUCCGGGCCCACCGUGCUGUGCUGGCCUCCUGCAGCAUGUACUUUCACCUGUUCUACAAGGACCAGCUGGACAAGAGAGACAUAGUACACCUCAACAGUGACAUUGUCACAGCCCCUGCCUUUUCCCUGCUUCUGGAGUUCAUGUAUGAGGGCAAGCUGCAGUUCCAGGACCUUCCCGUAGAGGAUGUGCUGGCAGCGGCCAGCUAUCUGCACAUGUAUGACAUUGUCAAGGUGUGUAAGAAACGUUUGAAGCAGAAGGCCACGGCUGAGGCAGACAGUACGCGCAGAGAGGACGACGGAGGGUCCAGCUGUUCUGAUAAGGCUGAUAGUCUAUCAGACGGUUCCCCGGGCCGGCCGGCCACAGCCGACCUGCUGCACAGCGAUGAAGAUGAGGAGGGGAAGGCUGAAGGAGGACCACUGUGGCUGAGGUUGCCAGCUGCAGACAGACCAGGGACACCAGCAAUGGCUACCACCAGCCCAGGACACGGCGAGGCCGAGAUGCAGGGUGGGGAAAGGCUGGGGGAGGGAGGUAAGCUGCUCUCUCCGGCUGGCAGUCCCACCAGCUCCACCGGAUCCCUCUCACAAAGAUCCCACCGGUCUGUGAGCUCUCGUGGAGGGCACAGGGGCAGGAGUGUGUCAAAUGAUGCCGCUGACUGUGUCCUGGAUCUGUCGGUCAAACCGAUUGCUGGUAGCAACCACAGUAACCACCACCAGUCCUAUUUCAGUGGGGCGGCUACACCAGACAGUCUCCAAAGCCCAUUGGCUGUUAGGGUGAAGGUGGAGAGGGGUGUGGCUUCAGAUGAGGAAGAGGAACUGGGAGGUGGGGACUAUGACAUGGAGCACAGUGGCAUUACCAAGGCCACCAUCCCCAGCGCCAACGGGGGCCUGACCCACCACGGGGUUGGAGGGCCCCUGUCGGCCCAGAGGAGGCUAGGCCUGGAGGCUCACCUGUCCGCACUGCGAGAGGCGUCUCUGGCCUCCGAACUGGAGCGGGAGGAGAAGCCUUCGGCCACAGCAGACGAUGAGGACAUACUGGGGGGUGAAAAUGAGCGUGCGCAGGCUGAGGCGGCCAGCAUGGAUAGCUCCCUGCUGCCCUACGUCUCCAACAUGCUGUCAGCUCAACACACCCAGAUCUUCAUGUGCCCGCUGUGUAACAAGGUUUUCCCCUCCCCGCACAUCCUCCAGCUCCACCUUAGCUCCCACUUCAGGGAGCAGGAGGGCAUCCGCUCCAAGCCUGCCGGAGACGUCAAUGUGCCCACCUGCACCAUCUGCAGCAAGACCUUCUCCUGCAUGUAUACGCUGAAGCGCCACGAGCGGACACACUCUGGUGAGAAACCAUACACCUGCACCACCUGUGGCAAGAGCUUCCAAUACUCACACAACCUCAGUCGCCACGCAGUGGUGCACACGCGUGAGAAGCCACACGCUUGCAAAUGGUGUGAGCGGCGUUUCACGCAGUCCGGGGACCUCUAUCGACACAUUCGUAAAUUCCAUUGCGAACUAGUCAACUCACUGUCAGUGAAAAGUGAACCACUGGCGCUGCCCAAUGUCAGGGAUUGGGCAAUCGAGGACAGCUCCCAGGAACUUUGGAAGUAGAAUCUGACUGCAGGAUUUGAUAAAGGGAAAGAGAGCAAGAGAAAGAAGGGAAAAAGAGGCAUGGGGAGGUGAAAGGGAGGUGGCAAAAUGAUAUUCUGGGUUCAAGUGAGUCAUGUUCUUGUGUGUCGCAAAAUCUCAUUCAAUUGCACUUUAAUAGCACAUGAAAAUGUUACUACUGAGUUUUUUGUUGUUGCUGUUUGGGGUAAUUUUAUUUCUAUUUUAUUCUGAACUCUUAUUUUUAUUUGGCAUAAGUUCUGUUUGGUGGUUUUGAUUGCGUCUGAGGACAUGGGAGAAUGUCUCGCCUUUUUGAAGAGUUUUCACUCUGUUUGUGUUUCAUCUCAGACACAACACUCCGACGCUGGCCAGCGUAUCGGUCCCAGAUCCACAGACAGCAAACACCACUGCAGGAGUUCAGGUCGAACACACUGAAGUGAAAAAGCAUUACAAUACACUAAACGGGUACUGUGAUCACUGCAAGUCAAUUCCUCCACAUUCACACAGUUUUGAAAACGUGUGUGUGCGUGGCGAUGCUGCACUACUCUGGCAAAAAUUUCACCUGACGUGCGUGAGUGUAUGUGUGUAUGUGUGUGUGUGUUUUCGUGUAUUAAUUUUUAUUUUCUAUUGGCAUGGAGGUGUCGUUGGCGAAGCGCUCCCCGCUUCUCGUUAAGCUCUUUGCUGUUGUGUGUUCAGGGUAAAGCUGACUGACUGACAGACUAACUGAUGGCACUCAUGCAAUGCACAGCCUCCUUUUUUUACUUCCAAUCAAUCUGAAGUAUUUUCUAAAAAUAAAAAGACCUUUACAAAUUAUUAUAAUAAUUAUUAUUAUUGUUAUUAGAUUUUUUUUCUUAAAUGUAGCUGGCAGUCUUUAAACAUCUCUUGUUGAAAAGGUAUUUAAUUUAAAGUUGUUGUAUAUUGUUCUGCAAUAGUUUUAGAACUUAAAUCCGUUACAUUUUUUUAAAUUAAUGAUUAUUAUUAUUAUUAUUAUAAUUUUGUUACUUUUUGUAAUGGGACCUGCUGUUGUUGCAUGAAGUCCAAACCUGUAUAUUUUAAAAUAGAAAUGUGAAUUUGCUGUAUUACUGUACACAUUGUAAUUGAUCAAAUAUUUGACAAUGGGCUUUCUUUUUCCUUUUUUUGUGAAUACUACUCCAGGGUGCGGUCUGUUGAAAAACUGAAUAUUAUUCCCAAACUUUGGGGAAAAUGCAUGAAAAUUUGAUUUUGUCUUAAACCUUUUAAGUUGUGUUUUUUUUUACAUCAGUGGGGAAACAUUUGAAUGGAACACUUUUAACAGUGAAAAGUUUUUAUUUCUAUUGGUCGUAGGUCUGUCGCUGGGCUCCUAGAAGAAUGUUACCGAAUGUGUUUCUGUCGGAUGUUGAAGCGAUAAGAUGAAGCAUUUUUAAACCUGUGUCUUUAUGCACUGAUCUCUCUGCUGUGUAUGUUUAUGGUGUGCGUGUUUGUGUGUUUAUGAGUGCGUGGUUUGGUUAGUACUGGUCAAUUUAACCUACUGAAGAUCAACAUCCACCCAGCUCUUCCUCCUCCUGCUCCUCCUCAGGCGUUAAACUUGCCCACUGCUGUAUGCUUGUUCUCUAUCUCUCAUUUCUCCGUCCCCUCCAGCUCCAGACAUAGGCGAGCCACUUUUGAAAAUAUAUUUUCUUCUCAUUUCGCACGACUUAUUUCAGGUGCGUUGAGCGCGGUGUUGUGGCUCUGGUUCUGUAAAUAACGGAGAAGAGAGAGAACAAGGAGAGAGGCUGGAGCUUCGCUGUCCUGCUGAAAGUUUAAAGGCCAGAUAUCUUUGUCUCACAUUUUGAGCCAAGCUGUGCUGAGCUGAAUUGGGCUGUUCUGCUUUAAAACAAACCACCCAAAUUGGCUCAGUGUUUUUCACAUUAGGUGUGAAUCCGAUAAUAUGUUUGCGUGUGUGUGUUUUCAGUUUAAAACAUACUCCUUCAAUGAGUUAGACGGGAGAGAAUUGGCAUGCCUAAAUGCACCUUUUUAUGCUAAAAUACAUGAAAUCAGAUUUUUUGCUUAAAAGAAGCCUUUAUUAAUGAAACAUUUCUGACGCUAUGGAAGUAUUUGAUACUGUAGUGCAUUGGGAAAUAGCUGUUUAAAAUCAUGUAUAAAUUCAUUAAUUUUAUUGAAUUUACCAGAAAAUGAUGUCUUAUUAUAUUUUGAUUAUGUGAUUGGAAGAAAUUUAUUUUGCUUUUUUGUAUGUGGAUGUUUGGGUCGGGGCUUCACCAGUUUAAUUACCGUCAAAAGAAAAAAGAAAUCACAUCUCUGCGUCUCAAUUUUCUUGUUAGUAUUUCAAAAUAAUGGUCAAGCGUUUAUACAAUCCAAGAACCUUUGACACAGAGAUAAACGUAAACGCUCCACAUUUCCCCUCACUAAGAUGUGUGCAUACGAAUGUGUGCACGCCCUCACUGAUGUGCAUGUGGUGGGUGGGGUGCAUGUAUGUGCCAUCCUGUCAUCUGGUGGCACCUACGGGCUCUGCCAGUCCAACAGUGCGCGGCAGUUUGCAACGCAUCUUUUUUUUUUUUUUUUUUUUCCCCUCCGCAAAACGUUAUUUCUUCACUGGCAACUGGCAGCAUCUCUGCAUAUGGGCUCAAUCCAUCCUGCUGUUGUUUUCAUCAUUACUGCUUUACUGCUGUUUUUUUCCUCUGGUUGUACUUGACCGCCUUAAACUGCUGUAGGCUCUUUUUUUUAAUCUUAUUUUUGAAGUGUGAGUGUGGGGUGGAGUUGUGGGAGCAAGACGCUGUGAAGUAGCCACCCUGAUAAAAACAUCUCAAUUUUUUUGCUGUGCUUACUUGAAAACAAAGGGGGUGAUUUUUUAAAAAAACAAAUUAUAAACUAAAAUGUUCAAAUGUCAUAGACAGUUUAUGGAAAGGCAGACUUGAGGGUGGGUGGGGGACUUAAAAUGACUAAGUCUGUUUUGAAAAAGGACAAUCACUGUCUGGGAAAUAAACAAGCAGAUUUCAAUUAAAAUCUAUUUGCUCCCCGUUGAGAUUAAACAUUUCUUUUGAUUUUAUUUGACAUUCCUUUUUUUCAGAUUUAGUCAUUUUUAGCUUUGACAAUCAUAGUUGGGUUGAUUUUUGUUUUUUACUCAAGGGGAGUAAAAUCUAAUUGUGUUUAGUUUUGUAAUUUUUUGGUGUGCUGUUGUUGACAUUUUUAAAUUGUGUGCAA